AUGUUUGCAACCUCGGGCGGUGGUCUUUCGCGAUGGUACACGGCAGCCUAUGUUGGUGCCAUCAUCUCGUACUGCGUUGUCGUCUACAAGUCCUUCGGUGUUCCUCAGCUCAACAAAGCCUACAUCCAACGAGCCUUGAUGGAUGAAAACGUCCAAUACCUCUUCCUUGCGGUAUACUGGUUCAUGUCGAAAUCCAUCUUUAUCACUCUGGUUCCCUUUGUCACUUUCUCCCUCUUCCACGUUCUCACUUUCCUUCGAACUACGCUGGUCCCCAUCGUUUUCCCCUCUGCUUCACCCGCACCCGCAACCAACCAAGCAGCUGGAGGAGAUGCAACUGCAUCCCAAUCCUCCGCUCCACCGGCCAAAAUCGCUAAAUUCAUCCAAGCUUGGGUUAAGGCGAACUACGAUCCUGCUAUGCGGUUCGUAGCUUAUGCUGAAGUGGCUAUCUUUGGACGAGUUUUGUUUGGAGCGUUUUUGUUGAGGAACUCGUUGAUGGCACCUUUGUUCUAUGCUCACUUUUUGCGUCUUAGGUUCUAUAUGAGCUCUUUUACCAGAGCCGCUUUCCAGCAUGUUAAGAGUAUAUUGGAUGCUUAUACUCAGCAUCAGAGCUGUCCACCGGUGGUAAGAAAGGCUUAUUUGACUUUGUCCGAUUUGAUCUCUAGAUAUGCUAGUUCCGUCUUGUCCGUGCAGAACGCUGGGGCGGGUCAGCAUGCUGCUGCUGGUGCAGGAGGUGCCGCUGGUGCUGGUCAGCCAGCAGCGGCAGCGCAAAGGAGGUAA